AAUGCUGGGCGCCAUUUUGAUGUGUGGCUUCAGUAAGAAAGUGUGGGAAUCAACGUUCUUCUGUUUUGUUUUCUUGUCUGUCAGAUAAGACGAAGCCUUGCGUUAGAAGUGAACUAACGUAAUCAUCCGUUUCUUUGGUUAAGGAAAUUCCUCUUGCCAAGCUGUUCGUCGCUAUGAGUUGUAACGAGAAGAACAACAAACGGCGGAAGAAGCGGUCGAAGCAAAGUACAGAGCCGGACACACACGUUCCGAAAUCCCUUGAAACUCGAGAGGUACGUAUCGUACGAAUCCGGAAUAAUACAAGAUCUUUAGCAGAAAUAUUACUGUAGGGCUCAUCAACUUUGGUAUUCAGCUGUUUUUUAUCUAUUCUUAAUGUUUUGAUGGUGUUGUCUGAUCUCCGUUCUCAUUCUCCUUCGUACACUGGGCUUGUAGGAUGGAAUGUUUGUUUUUUACUCAGACAUAGUCCUACAUACUACAUGACAGUAAGUCUUUUGCUUUCUAACUGUGUUAGCCCCAAACCUCCGGAUUACACAUUGCUCUCUAACUAUUAAUGUUCGAAUUUUGAACGGAAAAUCUUAAUCGCAAUAAGUUUAACUCAGGUAUAUCUUACCUAAUUUUUCGGAGACAUGUAAUAUAUUAUGGCAUUCAUCUUAUUUGUCACUGAUGAUGGGAAAUGCUAAAGUAAGUUAUACUCCCCGAGUUCUCAAGCUUUAUUGCGUUUUGUUUUUAAAUUUGGGAUUGAAGUAGGUCCACUUCCCCGAAACAACUGUGAUUCAAUUUUUCUGCCGAGUAAAGAAAUAUUUCAAGUUUAAUGAUCUACGUAAUUAGAAAUAACAUUGGUGGAAAACACGAUUUCCAGCGAUCAUGUAAUGCUGGUAUUUGGUGGAUAGAUAACACACAAGGCUUUGCAAUAAAUGGCUGGACAACUUUAUUUUUUAUCUAUGUCCUCUGUGGUUUUGUUUCAGUCAAAGUGAAUAUUUACUAAUUACUUCAGAAAUAAAAUUAACUUGUAUUUUGAAAUUACCAUUGGUGUACAUGUUCAUGUUAAGUUUCAAUGUUAAUUUACUUUGAAAUUCACCCUUAUUGUUUGCAUCUGUACAUGUUGAAGGGCUUAAUUAUCAUCAAUAAAAUUUUCUGGACUUUCACUUAAUUUCCUAGCUAUGCCAUCCACAGCAGUUUUAGGUUAAAUUUUUAUAUUAUUUGAUUUUCCCACUCUUCAGUCUUGUGGACUUAAAUUUUUUGAAUUGUACCUUCAAAUCAUGUGUCAGGCAAAAGUGUCAACAUUGUUAUAUCAGGGAAAGCAAACAGCAAUUAGUAGUCUUUAAUCUGAAGUUCUUUUUUAUAAAAUCCAGUUUAAGACCAAGUUCUUCACAUUACUGAUAAACAAAAUAUGGUUUGAUUUACAUUGUGACCUUCAAAUUCCUGUUGCGGAAAUGAUAUUAUGUAACAUCUUUAUCUUGUUAAGCAGUUAUAUUUUUAAGUGCUAUAAUAAAAGUCUGCUCCCUUUCCAUUUAUAUCUUCAUCUUCUUCAUCUCAUUAAUUUUUUUUCUUGGGAAUGUGGCAGUAACAAAUUUGAUACUGCACUUUGGAAACUCCACAGCAUAAUUUUAGGUCUCUGUAUUACCUAGGAACAGAGGUACCUCAUAGCAGAUGAUAUUAGGCUCAUGAUUUGCCCUCAUUCCAGACUAAGCCAAAUAAAAAUAGGUAUACAAUCUCUCAUAGUUAUAAAUAUUUACUGUAUGAGGUUUUUUUUUUGGUCAUUCUCUAACAUGUACAGUAUUCAUGUCAAAACAGUACAUGCAGAGGUUUUUUUUGUUUUUGUUUAAGAAUUAUAAUGAUAUUGGAACUUCUUUCCAGCAUUUUAGCACACACAAUUUAGGGUACAACAUUCCCUAGAGUUGUAAGAGAGAAUUGUAACUAAAUAUUUAUGAAACCACUGGAAACCAUUCUUCCAAAUACUGAGGAAUUAAUUUUUGAGUAUGAACUUUGAGACUUGUAAAUUUUCCACAGUAUUUAAAGACAAGGUUUUUCUGCCAUCCAAACUGCUAUUUUCUGUGGAACUGAAAUAAAACCUCUGUUUCAAGUGCAAGUAACAUACAAAUUUAAAAAACCUGGGAGAACUCAGUCUGAUAAAGACUGAGGAUGAAAACAUGUGUAUAUGUAUACAUUUUUUUUUGCAAUCAGAUUAGGUGGUCAGGGUACAAUGAGAUCAGUCUUCUGCCCAAGAGAAGAGAUUUCAGCUUAAGUUCAAGUGUGUGAUUAAUCAAUUUUGAGUGUUAAAAAAAUUGACUGUCAACCAAAUGUGUUUAAGCACAGAAAUCAGUCUUCUGUAAGGCAGGUUUCUGUUGGUAUUGUAGAGAUCCCAAUAAAAAAAGAAUUGAAACAAGAAAUAAUAAUGACAAAAACUUUCAAGAUUUUUACAAAUAAAUUUUUCUGUUUUGCAUGAUGUAAACAGCAAUGUAAUUUACUGUUCAGUGUUUACACUGUACAGAGGACUACUGAUAUGCAGCAUCUUACAGGUCAUAUACUUUAAGAAUUAUUUUUGUUGGGUAGUUUUCUUAAUGGUUAAUGAAAUUCAUGUUUUGCUUAAACGAUAACUUUUCACAAAACACAUUUUUGUUUCAUGUUACAGCUACAGAAUAAUUCAUCUAGAGAUGAUGACUCACCAAAGGCUGGAACUCCCACAAUAGAUGGUGAACGCUGUCUUCUUUGUCACAAAGAACGUUAUGAGAGAAACAAGAAAGGUUAGAAAACAGUAUAAUUUUAUCUACAGUUGUAUUAGUUCAGUUGUUAAAAUCUUGACGAGAAUAUACAGUGGCAAGUCCAAUGUGCCUUGUUACUAUUUGCAGAUCACUGAAAUCCCUUUUGGUCAUUCUGUUGUAGCAUUUCACAGUCUGUUUGUAAAUAAUGUGAAAUUUGUAUGAUGUGUGUCUGAACAUAUUCAGUAUCAACUAAGCUGAGUCACUUAAAAUGUUUUCAAAGUUGUUUUAUUGGCAAAGCCAUUCUUAGUUUGAAUCAGGUAGGGGUUUAGUCAUGCAAUUUGAAAUAUUUUUAGAUCUGACCUUUUGGCUUGAAGGACUAUAAAUAAAUAUAGGUGUUAAGAUAUAUAUAUAAGUGGAUACACGUCAGACCCAAAAAGGGAAAUUAUUAGGCAAAAUUGGGAAGGAUUAAAACAAUUUUUUAGGCUAAGUUCAAUUUUUGUGAAAGGACCCAUAUUGUCCUUAUUCUGUGGCUAUAAUUCUGCAGAUAAGAGGUUGUUACUGCAUUAAGUUACAUGUAAUUUAGAGACAAUAAUUUGUUAUGACCCUCACGUACAUGUAGAUACAGUGGACCUUUGCCAAAAAAAUUUUUAACAUGCUAUUUGAAGCAUAGCUCCCAUAAACUUUAUAUCAAUGGAAAGUUAUGAAAUGGGCUAGUUGGCAAAACAUAUUUCACUUCAGCUUGAUGUAAUUGCAAAUUGACUGUGGCACGGCAAUUCUAAGGGAACAAUGUUUCUUUGAGUGGAUUAAUUGGAUAUUAAAUUCUACCACACUAAUAAAACUCCUGCACUAUAUCAUAAUCAAUCACUAGGAGCACUUUGCAUUUCUUUUUUAAAGUUUGUUCACCAACUGCCAAUUGAAACAAAAAGGCAACCUGCAGAGUCCCAUGAGACUUACAGCAGUGGGAUAAUUUGUGGGAAACUAUCUAGCAUUCACAGGUGACAAACCUUGGUUCAAUUCUGUUUGCCAGCAAUUUCAAUUUCAAGUUUUUAGGAGCUUGAACUUGAUGCAACAGAACUUGUUGAUGGUUGGCUGUCAAGUGUGAGCCAUAAAGAUUUCUCAUACUAAAAGCCUGGUUUUGGAAAAUAUCUGUCCAUUCCUUGUAGAAUUUCUUUUCAUUCUUCACUCUAACAACCAGGAUAAACAUUGGGGCAGUCAUUUAUGUAAACUAUUUGUAAUUGGUUUUGGUGAGAUAUCUGUUCAUUCCUUGUAGAAUCUUUUUUAUUCUUUACUCUUACAGUCAGGGUGAACAUUGCAGGAGUCAUUUAUAUAGACUAUUUGUAAUUGGUUUUGGUGUGAUACCUGUCUGUUUCACAUUGAAUUUCUCUUUAUUCCUUACUGUUACAGCCAGGAUAAACAUUCUGGGAAUCAUUUAUGUAGGGUAUUUGUAAUUGGCAUUUCACACUUUGACAGGCUUAAAAAUUUAGGUAGUAAAUAUGUUUUUUAAAGAAGAUGCAGGUGUUGCAAUACUUAACAAAUUUUUUUCUUUGUAACUGAAUGGUAAUGCAUACUAAAAAAUUGGUAAAUGCUUGAAAAAGGUGUCCCCUCGAGGUCUACUGUAUCCUUUUGUUGGCCAUCAAAGAGUUGAAGAAUGAAUGGUGAUAAGCUGCAAUGAAUAAGAUUAAUAUUCCUAUUCAUCACACCUUUUAUUGUAGGAGAACUUACUAAAUCUUCAACUCAAACAUCAAAUCCUAAUGGAACUUCAGUGUCACAGGUAGGGUAUUUCUAGAUCAGUGUAACAAGUGGAUUUCAUUAGUUCCUACUGAUCUGUCUGAACAAGGAUAGGCUUAACACAAAGAAAGAUGUUCUUUUUCUUGUCCAAGUCAUUAGACAAAUAUAAUAUCUGUGUCCUUCUCACUCCAUGCUCCAGUGCUAUGCCAUUGAGCAACAGAUCUUUGGCCCACUUACCAAAUUUUUAAAUUCCAGUUCUUUUAAAAGACAAAAUUAAAGAGAUACAUGUAAAUUUUAAUUUUUUGUUCUUUUUUAUGGUAGGUUCCACUGUGGGUAUGUCCAGAAUGUAGAAGAAGUAUUGAGGAGGAAGAACGCAGGGCAGCAAUGGAACCAUCAAUACCUGUAAGUUUGUGGAAAUGUUAGAUGCACAUGUACAUUAAGGUACUCUGUCAAGAUCUUCAAGCUCGUGUCUCUGUCUAAAGAAAAGACCUCUUCACAUUAUUUUGGGUCACUGUAAUAGUGUAGGUUUAAAAAUCUUUUGCGUAUUUUUUUUGUUUCUUUCUUUUACGUUGUUUUUAUGUUAUUUCUUAUUUAUUGACAGAUACUGAAAAUUAAAUGAUGUGCAGUUCUUUAUCAAAUUAGAUGCAAAAGGAUAGUAAUUUUUGGAAGUUUGUGAAACUGGCUGAAUAAAAGCAUAUUGUAGGUUGUUUAGACACUGUGUGUACAUUACAUGUAAAUGUUUGAAUUACCUAGAUGCAGCUACAGGUAUCUCCAUUUUGUUGUAAAGUUCAGGAUUAAAUUUUUUCCUUUUUUUCAUUGAGCCACCAUAUAAGUACAAAAACUGUAUAUACAUGUGUAUGCUGCAUUUGAAUGUUUUUUGGAUUAUUCUCUAAUUGCAGCCUGUAGCACUGUGAAUUUAACUUUUUAGUCUCAUGUAUGUUAUAGAAACACUUUGGCACAAUGUAUAAUGUUUAUGCAUGCAUGAGAAUUACCUUUCAUUGUAGCUUUUUGUUUUGUCCCUAGUGUUGUUGGGGCGAGGUUAAAAACAUUGUGAGGUGUAUUUACAGAGAGGCUGGAACAUCCUUAGCAGGUGAACAGGAGAAUAACUAUGCAAUAUGUAGUACUUGUCUACUAAUGCGCUAUACUUAUUGUUAUGUUGUGUAUUGAAGAUUUGUUAAGAGUGUGGGAGGGUUAGCAGAGUUGGUUUGUGACUUGUAGGACAACUGCGUUUAUAAAUAUUUUUACAGAUACAAUAUAGCAUGUUUUGCCUGUCUGUAACGCUGUUUCAGUGAGAAACAGUUUACUUUGUGGAUUUUGAUAAAUUUAAUGUUUUUCAUUUACACAUCUAGCUUUGUACAAUAUUGCUAAUAAAAGUUAUAUUUGCGGCAUUAUGUUCAGUUCAGUUGCUUCUUUUCACAUUGUAAAUAGAAGAACGUUUGAAGAACAGGGUACAGGAUUCAAACUGUUUAUAGGUUUAGCAUUUUCACUGCUGUAUCAGACUACAUUUACAUCAUACUACUGUAUGGAUGUAGAAGUUCCCCCUUAAAAGAAAAUAACUCUUGUGCAAAGGUUUGGUUAUGUGGACACAAGGCUUAGGCACAAACUCAUUUCUGUCAACCACACAGUUGCAGUCAUCUUAACUGUUUGGCUUGUUGCUGCAAAAUUUAUCAAACUGUAUUGUCUUUUCACUGCACCUAUGCAGGUAAUGUAGCUCAUCUGUCAUCAUUCCUUGGUGUUGACACAAGUUGUUUGUCAUUCCUCUACAAACAAAAGGAGGAAUGUCACACAACUUAUGUGAACACUCCAUGGUUUGGUGAAUUUCUUAAUUGUGUUUGUUUGACCUGGUUUCCAUUUAACCAUCCCAGUUGUUGAAGCAUUACUUGGGACAAAGUCAGGGUGAUUAUGUCUUUUUCAUGCUCAUUUGAUUAAUACUUAUUUUGUUGCUAAUGUUUUAGAUGGGGAAGAAACUGUUAAAAAUUCUUUAGAUGAAAACAGACUCAGAUUCAAAGUAGAUAAGUGAGUACCCCCAUCAUAGAUGUAGUAUACAGGUACUGUGACAGAAGGGCCAGGGGCUUCUUUAAGGUGGAAAUCAGCAUUUGACUAAAUUGUAUUGGUAUUUUAACACUCUCUGAGGCCUAAACCUCUAUCCUUGUGUUUGUAGUGAGAUAGCUCUGAAACUGUAGAGCUUCCUAUUACUUUUAGUAAAAGAAUGUAAAGUUUGAGAGGAGCCAGAAGAAUCUGAGUUGCCUGGCCCUUUUAUUUUAAUUUGAUUUGAUAUUUAGAAAAUUAUUCUAUUUUAUUUCAUCAUACUCGUCUUUGUAUUUCAGACAUUGCAUAAAGUUUUGACAUUGAUAUUUGUUUAAUUUAUUUUCCCUUUAUGUAUUAAAGCUUUAGAUAUAAUACCUGCAAGCUGGUGAGCUAUUGCAAUUUUUGAGUCAGUCUGGUUUGCGAUGGCUCCUUUAGUGAACAAAACAUAUUUUUACAGCAUACUUUUAUUGUUGUUGGUUUUUUUUUCUGUCACCAGUGACUGUACAUUGUAUACAUGUAAUUGUAUGUAAUUGGUUCAUUCUUAACUCUUUUUAGAUUACUAAAAAGUGAUCCUGCUCAGUUGUUUGAAAAACUUGAAAUUCAAGCCAGGUAUGUAAACUGUACAAAUACAUGUACUGGGCCAUUUUGUUUUGUGUUUGUUUAGAGGCAGUCAGAAAUAAAUUCUUUUGAGUAAAUUGUCUCAAUAUUUAGGGGUGAGUAAAGAGGUUUGUGGGGUGUGAGGUUUGCUUGUGCUUUGUAUGAAAAUAUGGUUGUGAAGAAAAAAUUAAUGUAUAUAUACAAGGACAUGUUGGAAAUGGAAUCAAUACACGUCUAGUAUGGAACCACUGUUGAACAAUGAGACAAUUUUUUGUUUUGAAAUUUUUAUCUAAUGUUUGUGGUUCAUACACUGGCUAAGGAAGACAGAAGGUGUAAAAAAAAUGCAUCCAAGAAGUGCCUGUUUUCUUUCACACAAACCCAAAGUGGUUCUUAAUUAUAUUUUGUCUUUAUCAAGUGGUAUGCAGAGGUUUGUCUUGCUUAAGGUUAACUGGCAUACUUUAAAGGAGUAGUCCUUUCCUAGUCUAGAGUUAAUGUGAUCUUUUUGUUAUCCCUCUUUCCAGGGAAUAUGUCCGAGAAGUGAAAGUACGUCUUGUGAAAUAUUUGACAUCAUGUCCCUUGUCCCCGAACCAUGCUAAAGAAUUUUUUACUAUGUUACUGGAUGAAUACCAAGCACUGUCAAAGGCUUUUGAUAUCCUCAGACCAUUCUUCUCCAAGCUGGUGAGAAGUUCUAGUAAUGAUAAUUGAAAUUGUGCCAUUCAUCUGAUAUUUCUGUUUCAAAAUUGCCAUUGAUUUUGUGCAUGAAAGGGGAGCAUCUAAGGCCAUAUCAGCCUUGCAUUGUGUGCUAUAAUUUUUGUAUUUACAAUUCAUUUGCCCCUUAUCAUAGACAGCCUUGAAUUUAUAGGUGUGUGUCAGGGAGUUGUUUUUUUUUUUGCGUUCAGUUAGUCUGAAAACACUGUCUAUCUUUCAAACUACUCGGGUCAGGUGUAAAUACAGUAGUUACAAAGUGACCUUGAUACAAAUGUUUGUUUUCUUUGCAUAUAAUUCAUAUCAAGUAAUUUUUGGCAUUUUUUAUUGUAUAUUAAUUUGCUCUCUGUACAUUCCAUAGGAUGUUGACCAUUUGAAAGAGUUUGGUUUGAAUUGGGAUCUCUUACACAAACACCUUUUUUACACUGAAAUCUAUCGGGACCCUGCAGUUUAUGGCAACCUUCCUGGGCUAAUUACUCAGUUAAGGUAAUAACAUGUAAUGAAUAAGUAUAAAAGAGAUGAAAUGUUUAUUGAGUGGACCAGGACAUUUGUAUUGCAAUUACAUUUCAAUCUGCAUGUACAUGUACACUUGAAAUCUUGAGUAGAUCAGGAUGUUUGUAUUGCAUUCACCUUACAAUCUGCAUGUACAUGUACGCUUGAAACCUUGAGUAGUUCAGGAUGUUUGCAUUGCAUUUACCUUACAAUCUGCAUGUACAUGUAUGCUUGAAACCUUGAGUAGUUCAGGAUGUUUGCAUUGCAUUCACCUUACAAUCUGCAUGUACAUGUACAUGUACACUUGAAACCUUGAGUAGAUCAGGAUGUUUGUAUUGCACUUACAUUACAAUCUACAUUUACAUGAACGCUUGAAACCUUGAGUAGUUCAGGGUGUUUGUAUUGCAUUUACAUUACAAUCUGCAUGUACAUGUAUGCUUGAAACCUUGAGUAGAUCAGGAUGUUUGUAUUACAUUUACCUACAAUCUGCUUGUACAUGUACGCUUGAAACCUUGGGUAGAUCAGCAAGUUUGGUUUGCAUUUACCUUACAAUCUGCAUGUACAUGUACACUUGAAACCUUGAGUAGAUCAGGAAGUUUGUAUUGCAUUCACCUUACAAUCUGCAUGUUCAUGUACACUUGAAACCUUGAGUAGAUCAGGAAGUUUGUUUUGCACUUACAUUACAAUCUGCAUGUACAUGUAGGCUUGAAACCUUGAGAAGUUCAGGAUGUUUGUAUUGCAUUUACCUUACAAUCUGCUUGUACAUGCACAUGUAUGUAUUAAACCUUUUUUUGUUGUUGUUUUCAGACUAGGUGCAGUUGCAAAAGAGAAUUUUCAUCAGGACACAUUUCCAAACUUACUACACAGGUCAGUCCAAGUAAUUUAGUUUGUGAUAAUCUUUGAUUAUAAACUACUGUCUCCCUACCUAAGGCACAAAGAUAUUGCUAUUAUGGUGAUUAAUGUUAAAAAAGACUUGGAUUUGGCAGAUGUGUUUGUAACCUUGGUGCUACCCAUUUCAGAUCAUAUGAGAAUCAUUCAAAUGAUUGUAAUAGGCAUGUUUUUACAUGCUUGGAAGCGCUAGGCUGCUUGUGACAAAUUGCCCAAUUUUAUCCUCUUAAAGGAAUCAUCACAUUAUCUGAACAGCUGCCAAUAAAGAUGAAGAUGCAUGAGCCAAAUCAGUCUUUUCAUCCUUUUGAACACAUUGAUCAUAGUCAGUUGAUUUGUUUACCAGCAGUUAUGUCAUAUCUUUUAAAAAGUAGUGAUACUACUUACACAUCAACAGGCAGGUUAAAAUUUGGAAGGAAAACUGGAAGAAGAUACUCAUUAAGAUAAAUUGUGUGUCCACUUGGGCAAGUGUCAAACAAGUUUUAGUUGUCAGAGCCAAAAACUACUAGUCUCAGAUGUGCAGAUGGGUUCAAUUUUAAGUGUCCUAAAAUUUUAGAUUGAAUAGGCUUUUUACUUCGUUCUCAUUGUCACAGAUAGUGCUAUUUUUAAACUCAUUUUUGUUUUGUACAAAGGUACCUUAAUUUUACUGAUGAUCUCACUGAGAUUGAGUUUUCAUGGAAAGAGAGUGAGAGAGCGUUCAAAUUCUAUAAAGAAAAACAGGUAAACUAAGAUCUUUCUUUUGUUCUUAUAAGAUUCUUUCCCAUUUUCUUCACGUAUAGAACUGUAGACUUUAUCUAACUACCAAGUUAUUUCAGAAUUUUUUAUGGUGUAAAUUUUAACUCCUAGGCUGAACUUCGCGAAAAAACUGGCAUACCAAAAGUGGAGUGGGAAGAUGAUUCUACAGGAGUAGAGUGGAAAAAUAGGAUAGUUCUGGUUGGUAUAUUAUAUGAAGUUGUAUCCUAGAAUCAGCAGUGAUAAACAUACAUCUUUUGCUCCUCAAGAGUAAAAAGUAUAAUCAAACUGCAUUUGUAUUUGAUACUAAAACUGGGUUUUAGUACCAAAGGAAUAAAAUGGCGAAAGCAAUGAAAUGACGGCCAAGUAGACAUGUAGAACAAUUUCUUAAGAGAACGAGAACAACGUUUCUGUGGAUUUUGUGAGAACGCAUCGUGGCAAACAAGAUGAAUGUAUUUCUGAAUGGUCAACAAGUUGUGAGUGGCUGCCAAGCAAAUAUACUCUUUCUUUUUAUUUUUCCCAAACAGGGUUCCAAGAAGCUUACUCAACAAAAGUAAGUUUUGAAUUGGUCUUACGUUGUAAUUUCAAUAGUAAUAUUGUCUGAAGUUGUGUGUGAUGUUUAAAAUUUCAGUGAAUGUCUGAAACUCAAGUGAAACAGUACCUUCCUUUGCUGAUACAUAAUUGAUAUCGUUUACAACAUGUUCAUUAAUAAAUUGUAGAUGUCCAGGGAUGUAGCUAAAGUUUUUAACAGGCGGGAAUCUUGCAAUGAUAGGCGGGUAUUUGGGUCGAAGGCCCACUCUAGCAUGCCUUUGGCACGCUAUACCUAGAAUUGAAGGUGUAAACAAAUAAAAUAAAUCAAUAACAAUCUUCUGACAACAUUUAAAAACAUUUUGGAGAAAGAAGUAGUGCUUCACAGCCGGAAAAAUUGAGUUCACAGCCGGGUAAUUUUUCCGGCUUCCGGCUAUUAUCUACAUUCCUGGAUGUCUGUGUGAGAAUAGCUUUAGUAUUUUAUUCUUUCCAAUGCUCAUAUUCUUUAUUUCUUACCGACCUUUUCACUUGGUUCCUUUUAGUUAAAAUCAAAAGCCCGGAAACUUGGUUAACAAAUCAGUGUCUCUCGUCAAUUCAAAUCAAAAUUUGAUAUGCAUUGUAAUAAUAUGCGGGAAAAAAAUUACGGGCUGGGAUUGGCUUAAACAAGUGCAUUUUUCAAGUAACACGAGUGUCAAUUUGUAACACGGGUGCAAAUUGCAAAUAGCGCGCACGCUGUCAAAAUUUCGUUUCUCGACUUUCUGAGAUGCUUUUUUUUCAUGUAAACUAUUAAUAAGUAAUAGCUUGAUUUCAAAUGCAAUUUGGUGUAAAUAAGCUUUUUAUUUUUUUUUUCAAGGACUUCAAAUCGCGCUCACCUGAUGGGCUUCAUUAAUUUUUUUGUCUUUGAAAAAUCUACUCGUGCUUGUUAACACCAAAUUGCAAUCAAAAUCAUGUUGUCACGUAUACUAAUUUUAUGUGGUACAUAAAUGUAAUUGUGAAUUGUAUAACGAGAGCCAAUCCUUUGGCACAACUUCGAAUAUUUCAAGGUCUUGGUUCUACCGAGUACUUUUAAGGUUCAGAAAUGUACAUUUACAUGUGACAUUGCGUAGAAAGUCAUGACAAAACUUGGUUUAAUGUGUGUUGCACGAAGUGGGAUAUUACCAUCUAAUUUAGUUGUGACCACUAUAAAUGGAUGGAUAGUCCUCUGUGUUACGUUUAUUAAAUGUGUUAAUUUCUACUACUUAGGUGUCAUUGUGGUCACUGCAGUGUUCCUUCAUUGCCCCUCAAUUCACCAGUACCAUCAAUACCACCUUUUAAAACAGCAAGUUCACACACAAAACCCUGCGGCAAUCACAUCUCAGCUUCAGUAUCCACUCAUAACACAGCUGGUAGCAGGAUGCAGUGGCCAAACCCAGUGUCGGUGCCAAACUUCAGUCCUCACCUUUUGGUGGCUAAUGACCUCCAUAGUAUCCCACCCUCCCAACUUCUGCCGCCGCCACCUCUCAUGAUGAAUGGUGGAGCAAAUCUUUGUCAAUGCUCAGCAUGUAGUGGUACAACUGGGUAUAGGGAAGGAGUUAAAAAUACAGAACAGGUGCGAUACCUUGGCUAUAUCACGUUUACGUAAUUAAAGGCAAGGAAAACUUGAAAGGGAAAGAUGAGUGGUUUCCUGUGUGAAGUUUUUUCGUUUAAUUUUGGGUUGUGUGGUGUCCUUGUUGAAAAGAGGCAUGUAAAUGUUCAUUACAAUGACAGUGCAUUAAAGUACAGUGUAGAACAGAAUGGAACAGCACAGAACGUUACAUUAUGUUCAGUGUUCGUAGCUAGGCGAUACGUGAAACAACUUGCUUUAGACUCUGGGAAUGAGGUGCAAUAAAGUAAAAUGCGAUCUAGAUCCUCGAAAAGUUUUUCGAACGUCUUGAUCCUUGAUGGUCAACCGUUGAUUCUCGAUAGCUUCGAGGAUCGAGUUUCGAGUCGAGACUGUCAACUUACUCUUGAGCGGUACUGUAUGUGUAACCACCUUUAGUUGAGACUUUUCCUUGUUUGCCUUUAAGCAUACGAGUGGUAGCAAGAUGGGCGAAUGUCAGUGUAGUAAGUGCCCCUAUCAUGGUGUAAAGGAUCAGGAAACAAGACUUAAGGCCGAGAACAAGAACUUUACCACCCAUCCCUUUCCUGCAGUCCACGCUUCAUCCCCAAACAACAAUCCAAUUCACAGCAAUUACUUUCAUCCACAUCACGGCAAGCCCCUCCCUGCCACCUCCCUUCACCUCUCAGAGAUCCAUCGUCAGGAUCUUCACAGCUUUCUUCCGGACAGCCUCAGGCACGUCAAUUAUAAUGGUUACCAUGACAGCCCGGAUGGAUGCACUGAACUGGAUGACGGAAAUAACAGUUCUAGUGACAUCAAUAGUGAUUAUGAUGAUGACGAUGAUGAUGUAGACGAUGACGAUGAUGACGUGAGCAGUUGUUCACCGAGGAGAACAAGCCAGUCCUCAGGUAGAACAUUUUACAUGCAAAGAAGAAUGUGUCUCCUUUGUUCCUUGGUAUACUUAGAGAAAAAUUUCCACAGAUUUCAAUAUUUUAAAUGUUUUCCUUGUUUUUCCUUUAAACGGCCUCUGCGACUCUCUAGAGAUUAAUCCUCCACACCCUAGCAUCAGUAAGCAUAUUCUCCGUACUGUUCUCCAUACAUUACCUAGGGUGCUAACAAGGAGAGGUUUUUCAACAAUCAGGAGCUUCUUUAGUUUGUGACUAUUUCCUUUGUUCUCGUGAUCCUAAUAGUUGAUGUAGGAGUAAUCUAGUAAGGAGAAAUUACAUGCUAGUCACUCCUGGCCUGAUUCGUCAAUGGAUUAAGAACUUCUUUACUGCUCUCAAUAUUUGCCGACCUCGAAGAUUUUUUGUCGCAUGUUCCCCAAAGCCAAAAGACUGGUUUUGUUGAACACAAAUAAAAUGUGACCUUGUUUUGUGUCAGCGUUUUAUGUUCCUCUUUUUUUUUUAAUUUGGAUGUGAUCUUUUUUUGUUGCAGACAUUGACGGCCUGGGCCUUGAUGUCCCCCCUGGUUCCCCAUCAAGUGUACGGAGCAGUGGAGAUGGUAGCUCAUGCGACACUCCACCUGUCAAUCAGUGUACGUCAUCAACGGAUGAUGGCCGGACGGAUCGUGGGAAAUACUGCGAUUGUUGUUAUUGUGAAUUCUUCGGCCAUGCUGCAGUAAGUAGACUGUUUACUUCUAACCAAGUAACCUUGUUUGAUUUUUACGUACACGUUUUGAAACAGAGAGAUGGAUUAAGAACUGGCCAAAAUAUUUUUGUGUUGGUUUGAAAUGAGUGAAUAGGGAAAGUGGAUCAGAUCGUUCCACAAACGUACUUUUAAGAGCUCUACAUACAUGUCAUCCUCUAUUGACAGGUGUAGUGCUGAUUUCAGGUUAAAAAGAUGCUGACUGUGCAUCAUAAGUUUCUCUGAUCUGUGGCAAUUUAUAUUUUUAGCCUCCUGUGGCACCAACCAGUCGCAAUUACACUGAGAUACGGGACAAGUUAAGAAGACGAUACAACAAACGGCAGGUAAAGUGAGCUUUUAGUGUUCAGGUGUUAUUACUAUUUGUCUCCUGAGUAGUCUAAAAUUUUACCUGUGCAUACAUUUAUGGCAGAUGAAUCAUCGUUUAACUCUUUAUAGGGCUGUUGGAAUAUCGAAGUUUAUAUGUUUGCUAUGACGCUUUGGAUUUGAUAGAUGCAAAUUGGCGCUAUAGUUGGUGGAAAAUUUCUCGAACUUUAAAAGUAACCGAUUUUAUUCUCUCGAAGCCAAACCAGCCGGUACAGCAGAACAAGAACAAGAACAUGAACAACAAGAAGACGGCGAAUGCGACAGUCGUUGAUCACCGGUCGGUGGACGAUCUCUUGACGUUUAUCAAUGGGCAGAAAAUGGAAGAAGAAAGACUGGGGGCAAAAUCGAAAGCGCAAAAAAGAGCGCGGCAAAAACAAAAGAAGGUGAGUGGGACUCAAAGUAAAUAAAUGAUACUGCAAUGUUUUUUUUUACUGUUUAUCGCCAUCAUCAUCAUCUUCGCUAUCAUGACAUUGAUGUUAAAAACUGACAACAAUAUCGGUAAUAAUUAAAAGUGAACCAGUGGUGAUGUUGCAAGCCAAGCAACCUACCUAAUCCAAAGUUUUUUGGCACACCCAACAAUGUGAGUUCUAAUCCCCACUACCUGUCUGUACUACCCUCCCCUCCCCUUUACUCUCUCUUCCCACUCCAUGUUCUUCGAUUAUUGAUUAAUUACGUGAAUACUUGAAUGUUUAAUAUUUAAGUAGACGAAUGAAAUAUUGAAAAAAAAAAAAAUCUUACUUGGAACAAUUUUUUCUCCUAGGCGGCUGAGAAGGCUAAGCAGAAUGAGAACACAAAUGAUCAAAUAGACGACAAAGCUCCUCCAUCUUCCCCCUCCAACCGAGGAAACGUGAAUGGGAUUCAUCACAACGGCACGAGUGAUGCAUUGAGGAACAAACGGGAGUCUGACGCGACCACAAACUACCGAACACCCGCUCUUAACGGAAAAGAACUACAAAACGGCAAACCAGUACACAGGGGGAAAGAACAGGAACAGAAGCAACUACAAACACCAGACAAUGGUGGCAAGGCGCGAAAGAAGAGAAAUCACUCAAAUCAAGAUGUCACGAUGUCACGCCAAGUAGAGAGUCACGAAAACGAGUGCAACUUCGGUGCGCGGACAAAGACGGAAGAGAAGGCGGAGAAAAUACGACAGGUAUCGGGAUCACCUGAUCGUGGCCCUGUUAGCAAUAACAAACACCAAGGGCAAGAGAAAACAGCCGGUCCACCACCACAGAAAAAGCAAGGAAAAAAGAAGAAAAAGGCGUCAGUAGGUAAGAAACACGAAUCCUUUGGUUAUGGCCAAAAAAUUAGUUAAGUGACAGUUUCAUCCCCUCUUGUACAUUAGUCAUGCUACAAUAACAGUCAGAUAACGUUGUAUUGAUUUAAUGUUCGUUCACCUGUGGGUUACUUUUAGACUAAUUGUCAAUGUCUUAUUUGUGUUAUCGUAUUUGUUCAUAAAAUAUUUGUAUUUUUUACUUAGAUGAUGAUGAUGUUUUCAUGCCGCGGGAAGAUAUCGAGGUAGGUUUAAGCUAUCACUAAGCCAAAUCCAAAGGAGGUCUAUAAAAUCAUGCAUCUGUAUGUUUUUUUAAGGAGGUUUCAGCGGCGUUAACUUGACAUUGCUAAUAUUCGAACAUUUCUCAUUGACAACCUGGUUUAUCGUCACAGACCGAUUGUAUGUUUUGGUAAAAGAUUAUGUAUCGUGAAGCACUGAAGGGCAGACGCUCAGUAAGAUACUACAUAAAACGAGUCCAAAAGGAAAUUCAGUCGUCGAUUUCUUAAAAAUUCGGAUCGCUGAGUUAUGAGGAGAUAAUUUCCACUAUGAUACUGCAUAAAACGAGUCCAAAAGGAAAUUCAGUCGUCGAUUUCCUAAAAAUUCGGAUCGCUGAAUUAUGAGGAGAGAAUUUCCAGUCAGUUGGGAAACUAACAUUGUUUACCAGUAAUUUUUUUUGGCAAGUCUGCUAUCUGCAAUUUGAUUGGCUACUCCUCUCGCUAUCUAUUCCGCGAUCGAUACAUGUACAUGUAAUAAGUAGAGCGAGUACCCAAAUAGUGUUUAAUUGAAUAGAAACAUGAGCCCGUCUUGUUGUUAAGGUUAAAAGUUAUAGAAGAUUUGGAACAGAUUUCCGUAUAACCUAAUACUAGUUUAAAACGAAGCCGCACACCUAAGGGCAAUCUAUUGUUUUCGCCAUAUUUCUCUUUAUCCAAAAACUGUAUGCGUAUUGAGUAUAGGGUUUUGCGGAAAUCUUGCCCAGAUUUUAACCAAAAGAAUUAAAGUUUUGCUUAAGAUUUCUUUGCGUGAUAGAAAUCUCAAGUUCUUUAUGUCAUCGUUGAAUAUUGUUGCAAAUUUUUGUUUCUUGUAGAAACUUACCCAAAUGGAUGAAGCAGAGCGUGAACUGGAAGAGUUUAAAAGGUAAUAUAACGGUUUCCUUGAUAUAUCAUGUUAACUCUAGAAGAACUGUUUCGAAGGGAAAAUUCGUGAGAUAUUUUCCCUUUGCCCUGCUUUUUCAGCCUAUCAUUUAUGGCAGUCGGUACUUCUUUCAUGUGUUUAUUAGUUGAGCUAAAACUUUGGUUGUUGGAUGACAAUGCAGUUGUUCUUAUUCCUUCCAAAACACACACAAUUUAAGCUGUUUGUAAAUGUAGGCGAGAACAGUUUUUGGGUUUCUAAUGGGACCUGAAGGCAACGAUGUAAAUGUCGUCGAAUCCAAGACAAAACGCUUCUCUGUGUGUUUCGAAUGUUAUUCUGUUGCAUGAUGAUGUGGAUAGAAAACCAUGAAAGAUAAGACUGAACUAUAAGUUGUGAAACACUUAUGACAGCGUAGACAAUAUGGGUCGUUAUCGCUUAGUACAAUUAAUACUAAUUUUGGAGAUGGCCUUUUCAUUCCAGAUUUUGUAUGAAUCUAACACCCUUGGAGAGAAGAGAGCGUAUUCCUGUAAACGUCAACCUCAAAGGGCUUCUAAAUGGCAAGAAAAACGGAUCUUCCUAGGCUAUGCCUUGAGUUUCCUAGAUGAGCUUACUCGGCCUUCUUGAGUCGAGGAGGCCUGUAAACUGGUCGCGCCAGUUUUUCCGGAGUUGUGAAUUUAAGGAAGCACUUCCUCGAUCAGUUCCGUUUUCUUUUCAAUGUAAUCUAAUGCACAGAGAAUUAUAUUGCCAA